GACUUAAAAUUUCCUUUUUUAUAAAUCUUAAAUAUCAAAGAAUAUUUCAGAAUUUUUCGCUCGAACUAUCCGAAAUUUUUUGAAAUGAAAGAAUUUUUGGCUUGAUUUAACGUUAUAACAACAAUAAUGGGUUCUUUUAUAGAAAACAAAUCGCUGCUUUCUAUGCAUCUUAAGGAUGCUGUGGAGAAAAAUAGCUUUGGAGAGUUUGUUAAAAAUGCUCGACCGAUUACGAAUGGAAUCAACCCCACUGAUUUGAAAAAUUUGAUGGAGUUGACUAUGCGGGAAGUUCUAAUAUCUCUUAUUGAGCGAAAGACAGAUAUUACUCUUUUAGAACGAAUAUUCCAGUUUUCGUUUGAUGCAGCCUUAUUAGAUAUUGCGUCUGGUAAUCUUCCAGUCCUAGUUAUUGGUGACUUGUUUGAAGCAUCAACUAUAGUGGAUUGUGAGAAAACAUUUUCUUUCAUGGAAAAUAGAGUUGAUACUUUCAAAAAAGAAAUAUUUUUUAAGGCUUGUAAGAAUCAUCUUCUACGGUCUUGUAAUGAUCUGUUGAAAAGAUUAUCAAGGUCCCAAAAUACUGUGUUCUGUGGUCGAAUAUUAAUGUUUUUAGCUCACAUAUUUCCACUUUCAGAACGUUCAGGUUUAAAUGUUAUAAGUGAAUUUAAUCUUGAGAACACUACCUCAUAUGCAACCAGUGAUGAUGCCUUUAGUGAUUUGAAUUCAGAAAAAGGGGAUAACAAUGAAGAAGGGGAAAUAUCAUCUCAAAGCAGUCCCAUUGUUGCAGAUAGAAAUUUAUAUAAGAAAUUUUGGUCACUUCAAGAUUUUUUCCGAAAUCCCAACAGCUGUUACAAUAAAAUGCAGUGGAGACAUUUUGCUAGUUGUACUUCUGAAGUCCUGACAGUUUUUGGCAGUUUCAAAUCUGACGAUGCCAAUUCUUCAAAAUGGAAACAAGCCAAGUUACCAUCUCCCAGUGGGGCUUCUGUCUAUUUUGCUAAAUACCUAACUAGUCCGAAGCUUUUGGAACUUGAGCUAAGUGACAGCCACUUUCGGCGUUAUGUUUUGGUGCAGUUUCUUAUUCUGUUUCAAUACUUGACAUCUCCUGUAAGGUUUAAAUUGGAUUCUUUUGUUUUAACUGAAGAUCAACAAAACUGGAUCAAAGAAGUUACUAAGCGUAUCUAUAAAUUAUUGGAAGAAACACCACCAAAUGGUGAAAGAUUUGCUCAAGAUACAGAAAGAAUUCUUCAGAGAGAAGAAUAUUGGAAUGCUUGGAAAAAUGAAGGAUGUCCAGAUUUUAAGCAUGUGACAGAGAAAACACAACUGGAUAACAGGUUUAGUAAACGUCUAGCUGAAGAUUUACAGUCAUAUCCUAUUAAGAAGGCAAAUUCUGAUUUACCGAAGUUGUGGUGUAAUAAUACAAACAAUUGGGAUGCUUGCAAAUCUGCUAAAAGAAACUUUGUUCCCUCUUUGGAGUCAUUCUUUCAUUUAUCUAGUGGAAAAGCUGACACCUCAUCUUUUAAAAAAGAUAUUCAUGACAGCAGAUACACUUGGAAAGCUUUGCGUCUUUUAUGCAUGAAAUCCCCUCAUAUUUUUACUGCAAAUCUCCAGCAAACAAAAGGUGCUUCUGACUACCUGGAAUCAGUAAUUCAGAAAGUGAUAAAAGAAAAACCUCAAAGUCAACAGGAUGUUAUGACAGUUGACACUGCGGUGGCUGAAGAUUCAAUUGAGGAUGGCAACGAAGAAUUUUUUCAAACAGAUGAAGAACCAAAAGAAGAAGCAAUACGAAAAAACCCAAGAAAGAAAAGGUGUUAACCAAAGCAUUAAUAGAAGCUAUAAGUGGAAAACUGCAAGAUGUUUGGCAAAUCUUAGCCAUUCAUUUAGGGUUUAAAGAAGAUGAAAUAGAAUAUUUUGCAAGUGAGAAACCUACAAAUAAAGCUCAAACCGAAAAUAUGUUGACUAUAUGGAUGGAGCAAUAUGGGAGCUUAUUUGCUUUUGUAAAAGCUCUUAAAGGUGCCGGUUGUUUAAAUACAGUGCAGCAUUUAUUACCUUCAUUAGAUUAGAGGUGCUGUGAACAUAUACCUUCUUUAUAAAUAAAAUAAUUGUAACUUUUUUUGUA